AUGCACUCCGCCGAGCCGAUACUAUGUGGUUACUACUGCAAACUUUCUUGCUCCGAUCAGAGAGCUAGCGCGCGCAGAGAAGAAAUUGAAAUGCGGAAUCUCUCCUCAUUCCUUCGAUCCUCUGCUCACAGCCUCUCCUCCCUUAACGAAGUCUUAUCGGCCAACUACCAUGUCUUGCCCCUCAUAUUCCUCACCGUCCUCAUAUUCCUAUACCUCUACUUCUGCGAUGAGCCCCUCUCGAUCCGAAACCUCUGUCUCGCCUUCGUAGCUGCAUUCAUCGCCGUCAAAAAGUUCCGCCUUUUCCUCCCCCGGCGCCGGAGAGAUUCCGUUCAAUGGUUCAUCGGAGACGUGGAGAGCCCGAUUCCUGCUUCUGGAGGAAGGAUUAAUGAUAAACAAGGUGUAGAAUUGUACCCCAAUGGGGACUCCUACGAGGGAGAAUUCCAUUUAGGAAAGUGCAAUGGGAGCGGGGUCUAUGAUUUCUUCAAGCAGGGGAGAUACGAGGGCGAUUGGGUCGAUGGCAAGCACGACGGCUACGGGAUCGAGCGGUGGGCGCAGGGCAUUCGAUACCAAGGCCAUUAUCGCCGUGGCCUCCAGAACGGCUUUGGCGUUUGUCAGUUCUACAAAGGCGGAAACUAUGCCGGCGAGUGGGUCGCCGGGAAGAUCCACGGCCGAGGAGUGCAGAGCUGCUCUGAUGGUAGCUACUACGUGGGAGAAUUCAAGUUUGGCGUGAAGCACGGCUUAGGAUUCUAUCAGUUCAGAAAUGGCGAUAGAUAUGCGGGUGAAUACUUCAACGGAAUGAUGAAUGGAUUUGGAAUUUAUCACUUUGCAAAUGGUCAUUGCUAUGAAGGCUCAUGGCAUGAAGGAACACAGCAAGGUUUCGGAACUUACACCUUCGCAAACGGAAAAACUACAUCAGGAGAAUGGGACUGCGGGACUCUCAAGAAGCCCCUCUCUCCUUCGCACCCUCAUGUUCACCGAUCUGUACAGUGUGGAAGGAAAGCAGCAGAGAGCGCAAUUCUUCUGCCUCGUGUGGAAGAGCAAGUGAAUAAAGCAGUUGCUGCUGCAAAUAGAGCUGCCACCGCUGCUAGAGUUGCAGCCAUUAAAGCUGCGCGAUACUGAUCAUUUGUGUGGUGAAGAACAAAACAAAACCUGGACUUCGAUCUUGAUUGUGCAGUUUAAUUAGCUCUUAUGUCUUGAAGGUAUUAAUGUGUUAGUUUGUUACCAGUAGGGUGUU